GGUGUCUGUCGGUCGGGGUUUUCUCAAAGCCCGAAAACUCGAACCAAUUCGAAGCGGGUCGGCUCUUUGGGGAUGUGUCCGCCAGGAUGUGCCCGCCUGGCAAAUUCCAGCCGGGCUUGUUGGCUGCCGCUGGGUGUGUGUCCGCCUGGGCUUCGCCGUUUGUUUUUCGGGUGUCUCGUUCUGGGUGUGUCUGUCUGGCGUCGCCAAAAUGGCCACCGAGAAAAUCAAUGGCCACCGGCGCGUCGCGUAUAAUUUGGGGAGUUUUCUGCGGGAAUUUGUGGCGCAAUUCGUGUCAAGAGUUUGGGGAUCUUGAGUUCUUCGUGGUGGGUGUUCUGGCUUUGUCGUCUCAUUCUCUUCUGCGUUCUCUCUUGAUGUGUCCCUCCCCUCCGCUUCGUUCCUUGUUCUCUCGAAAAAGAAGCGCCCGCGCCACGCGCAGCGUGGCACCCGUUUUAUUUUCCGCAUCUCUAAUCCGUGGAGCCCAAGCUUCCAGCCGGUGCCGGUUACAGAGAGAUAAGGGGUAA